UGUUUGUGUGUAAAGGGGGGGGGAGUGAUUAUUGCAAAAAGAGGAAGGCGUGACAAGCAUGGGGAAUGUCAGAAAACCCCAGACACAAGCACACACAUUCUCUCUCUCUCUCUCUCUCUCAUGCACACACACACAUCUCUGAACAAAGAUAAGCCAGACAGCUGAACAUUUGGGAAACCACACCAACUGACUUCAACCAGCCACCCUCUCUCCAAAUGGAUCCACCGAGAACCACCACAGAGGAGCCCACAGAGACAAAAAUGAGGUACCUCCUGGUCUGGUUCCUUUGUACCUUCCAACUGAUCAUGGCAAAUGCCGUCGAAUUGACUGACAUGUUUGGAGAGAUUCAGUCCCCCAACUUUCCAGAUUCCUACCCCAGUGAUUCAGAAGCGACCUGGAACAUUUCCGUGCCGGAUGGAUUUCGCAUCAAGCUCUACUUCAUGCAUUUUGAUCUUGAGUCCUCUUACCUGUGUGAAUAUGACUACGUGAAGGUCGAAUCAGAAGACCAAGUCUUGGCUACCUUCUGCGGAAGGGAGACUACGGACACAGAGCAAACACCAGGGCAGCAGCCCAUCCUGUCUCCCGGGUCAUACAUGAGCCUCACUUUCAGAUCAGACUUCUCCAAUGAAGAACGCUUCACAGGUUUCGACGCCCAUUACACAGCUGUGGAUAUUGAUGAAUGUCUAGAGAAGAGUGAUGAGGAACUGGCUUGUGACCAUCACUGCCACAACUAUAUUGGAGGGUAUUACUGCUCCUGCAGAUUUGGCUACAUCCUCCAUUCUGACAACAGGACUUGCAAAGUGGAAUGCAGCAACAACCUCUUCACUCAGAGAAGUGGCAUGAUCCACAGCCCAGACUUCCCCAAUUCCUACCCCAAGAGCUCUGACUGCUUGUACCGCAUUGAGCUAGAAGAAGGCUUCUUCAUCACCAUGCAGUUCGAAAACAGCUUUGACAUCGAAGAUCAUCCAGAGGUGACCUGCCCAUAUGACUAUAUCAAGAUCAAAGCUGGACUUAAUGAAUAUGGACCUUUUUGUGGGGAAAGAUCUCCAGGACGGAUCGAAACUCGGAGCAACAGCAUCCAGAUAUCGUUCCACAGUGAUAAUUCUGGCGAGAACGGAGGCUGGAAACUGUCCUACACAGCUAUAGGGGAUCCCUGUCCACUUCUGGAGCCUCCAAUCAAUGGCAAAAUUGAGCCCUCCCAGGCAACAUACACCUUCAAGGACCAAGUGGUCAUCAGUUGCAACACAGGGUACCACAUCCUCAAGGACAAUGUAGAGAGCGAAUCUUAUCAGAUCGAGUGCCUGAAGGAUGGCAUGUGGAGCAACAAGGUCCCUGUCUGCCAAAUUGCAGACUGCCAGAUGCCAUCCAGGCUGGACCAUGGCUUUGUGACCUUCUCCACACCAAACAACCUGACGACAUACCAGUCAGUGAUCCAGUAUUCCUGCCAGCAUCCUUACUACCAGAUGGUGCCCAACAUCACAGGUACCUACGCCUGUGAUGCCAAGGGAUUUUGGCAGAGUGCUGAGCUGGGAAGACGCCUACCAACUUGUCAGCCAGUGUGUGGGAAGCCAAAGUUUUCCAGAAGCCUAUUGGCACACAUUGCAAACGGACGCCACACUCAGAGAGGGAUCUCACCAUGGAUGGCCAUGUUGCACAGGAAUGGCCGCCCCUUUUGUGGGGGAUCACUUAUUGGCAACAGAUGGAUUGUGACUGCUGCUCAUUGCCUCCACGAGGAACUGGAACUGGAGAACCCUGUCCUCAGAAGCUCCGACAUGAUCAGCCCUUCUUCUUUCACAAUUAUCCUGGGGAAACACAGAACACAAAGGAAAGAUGACACUGAACAGCACUUCCAAGCCCAAACAAUCUUUAUCCACCCAUCUUACAACCCUGCCACCUUUGAGUAUGACAUUGCCCUGGUGGAAAUGGCAGAAGAGGCCACACUGAACAAUUACGUGAUGCCCAUUUGCUUUCCGGACAGCAUUCUCCCAAAAGAUUCCAUGGUCAUUGUGAGCGGAUGGGGGAAGCAGUUCUUGCAACGUCUCCCUGAGGCCCUGAUCGAGAUUGAAAUCCCACUGACAGACCAUGCACUGUGCAAGGAAAUGUAUGCCAAGUUCCAAAAGGUCAUAACCGAGGAUAUGAUCUGUGCUGGUGAAAAGCAAGGAGGAAAAGAUGCUUGCAGUGGGGACUCCGGAGGUCCCAUGGUCACUUUGAACAAUCGUACCGGCCAUUGGCAGCUCAUAGGGACAGUGUCUUGGGGCGAUGGCUGUGGCUUGAAUGACCGCUAUGGGGUGUAUUCCAAUGUCUUCUUGACACUGCCCUGGAUUAAAGAAGUCACUGGACUGGACUAUUGAGGCCUCCCCAAAUCACAUCUCCUGCCCAAAGCCCAAAGAAUGAGAGCAGCUGCCCAGAAGAUGUUUGUUUCCAAAGUGCCGAAGCUGGGUCUCUGCCCAAAGUAGGCUUGCUAGACUGCAGGGUCUGGACCCACUUCUCAGAAUGAGGAAGAGGAACCUCAGGGUGAGAGCACUGUCUUGAACAACAUGUGUAUCUGUCUUUUCCUCAUUUGUUAGACUUGGUGUUUUCUAUUUGAAUGUCAUACUCUUUGUAACUGACGUUGAUGCUUAGUUUGUUAUUGUUGUUGUGUGCCUCCAAGUCAUUUUUGUGACUUAUGGCGACCCUAAGGCAACUCUAUCAUAGGGUUUUCUUGGCAAUUUUUUUCAGAGGGGGUUUACCAUUACCAUCCUCUGCA